AUGCCCGAUUCAGCCAAUUCCUCCAGCCACCCUGAAAAAAGACGCCAACGAAAUUUUCGCGAACCAAAAUAUUUGUCCCUUCUUCGCCAACUUGAUGACGAUGAAGCAUUGGUGCUCAGCAACUUUGAAAACUGGGCCAAUAGGGUGGACGACCUUAAAGAAAAGGAGAGUCUUCUGAAGAUGAUUCCAGAUCUGAAACACGCUCAUGAGUUGAUUGAGAAAAUAUUGGUUUCUGUGGAAAAGAGGGAGUCGUCUGUUCCUAAACAGUUCUCGGAAUUUUGGGAUUUUUUCCAUGGUCGUUUUAAUGAGAAACAACUUGCGAAACAUGUGCUGAUUGCUGGCAUAUUCGAGAGCAUUCAAAAGAAAAUGGGCGAAGCUGAGAAAGAAUUCAAAUCCUGGAAAAACGUUGAAGAACCACCCGCUAAGAAAAAGAGCAAUGCAAACGGAAAUCAAAUCAACGACGCAUCGAAAGCUGCUUCAAUUCCUUCAAUUCCGGUUGGAAACAAAAUUGGUCAGGAAAAUCAGAUCCGUCUCUCGUUCGCUGGGACUACAGACAAUUCGAAAGACCAUCAUGCACUGAAUAGAAAUGCGAAAGGCGCCUAUGAUACCGAUGAAAGGGAUUUUGUGUCCGUUGAAGACCUUCCAAAAAUUUUGAAAAAGAUUGAAAAAGACCUCGAAGGGUACGGACUCAUCAUUAAGGGAUUUCAAUUUAUCUCCUCUGCUGAAAGUGCGGAAAUGGUUGGGAGAGCAGAAUAUACACGGAAAACGUUAUUGGAUUUCAUCAGAAACCUCACAAACAAUUAUAUUGAAAUCAUGGCUUCAGAUGCUAUGCAGAAAUUGAGGAAAACAAUAGAGAAGCAAACCCAACCUGUUCAAAAGCAUUGUGUUAAUUUGACUAAUGCAAUUGAGACCAUGUUUGAAGAUGUGAAGACAAACUGGAUCCAAUUGGCCGCCAUUUUGAGAGGCGAUAGUAAUACAAGAGAAGUAUGGAAUGAUUUUUUGGAAAUUCCAAACAUCUUGGAUACGAUCGAGAACCUUCUCGAAGCGUGCGAAUAUAGUAUCAAGGCAUUUCAAGUACUCAACAGUCCUGGCAGUGCAGACACUGCUAAAAUGAUAGAAGAAGCUCGAACAACAUUAUUGAAUUUCAUUAAAAAUAUCCGGAACACUUCUUUCGAAUCGGCAGCCACAGGAGCUGCGCAAAAAAUGGAAGAAAUAAUUAAAGAGCAAACGCCACUUGCUGAUAAGAAUUGGGUUCAUUCGGCUAAAGGGAUUCAGACAAUGUUUGAAGAUGUGAAAUCACACUGGAACCAAGUUCACGCGUUUCUCAAGAAAAGACCCUCAAACAGUUCCACAGCUUCUUCUAUCCCAGCUACAAAACAACCGGCACCUGGGCUCAACGAGAUAGGAUAA